UGUCACAUUCUCUUAUGAGUCCCACUAAUUAAUCAAUUUCUCAUCAAUAAUCUCUUUUUUAUGCCUUCUUCUUCAACCCACUCUCCUCUCUACAAAUUAAACACCUGCAAAUGAAUCAAGAAACUGAUAUCAAGUCUUAAACAUGUUUGACAUCUGGUUUGGUUGGUCCAAAGCUUCAAAAUGUAAGAGAACAAUAAAAAGAGGGAGGUGCAGGCUGAAGCUGAUAAAGAACAAGAGGGAAGCAAUUGCAAGGCAAUUGAGAAAAGAUGUGGCUGAACUCAUACAUUGUGGCCAUGAUGAAACUGCUCUUAACCGGGUUGAGCAGCUCAUUGAAGAUGAAAGGCUAGCUGCUGUAUAUGAAUUGCUUGAUCAUUACUGUGAAUUUGUUCUUUCUCAACUCUCCUAUAUCCGAAGGCACAGGGACUGUCCUAAUGAUAUCAAUGAAGCAGUUUCUAGUCUUAUAUAUGCUUCUGCAAGAUGUGGGGAGAUUCCUGAGCUCUGUGUCAUAAGGAAGCUAUUUGGAGAGCGUUAUGGUGACAAGUUUGUCACUACAGCUAUGGAGCUGCUUCUUGGAAAUCUUGUAAACAAUCAGUUAAAAGAGAACCUAUCAGGAAAUCCAGUGUCAGAAGAUCUCAAGUUGAAAAUGGUUGAUGAAAUAGUAAGGGAAAACUGCACACAAGAACAGGUUUUAGCCAUUCAAUACUACCCCAGUUGGCAACAAGAACAGGUCAAAGAAAACAAAGGUUAUCAAGUACAUCCUUCAGAGACUGAAGAGAUAGAAAGGGAUCUUACAUGUGUUGAUUCAUCUAUGUCCAAACCAAAUGACUCUUGUUCUUCACCAAAAUCUACCUUAAUUGAUGUUUCUGCAAUUGUACCUGCUGUUCAGAAGUAUCCUCCAUAUAUCCUGAACUCUCCUUUGAAAAAGAAAACAGUGAACUUUACUGAGCUUGAGGAUUAUGGUGGUGACAUUGAGGAAUGUGAGUUUUCUGUAUCAAAAGAUGGUACUUUCCAGGACCAAACACUAUUUAAGUUCAGAACCUCUGGCCAAUCCAAGAGAGAACGAAAAGAAACUCAAAUUACUUGUUAUGAAAGCAACAUAGAUCGACACGAGUCGUGGAGCGAAAAGUCAAGCAUAAGGGCCUAUACAAAGAGCAAAAGGGUUAAAAGGCCAAGAAGGAGAUCAGCAUCUUUUGAAAGCAUAGGCAUAAUGGAUAUUGGAUACAUGGUAUACUAUCAUAAGCCAUGGAGAAGUCCCUCGGCGCAUAAACACGGCACUCAUCGCCUCAGAAAGGAUCAAAAGCCUUCGCCGGAUGGAAUUUCCCUAUCAAGCUAUGCUCAGAAGAGAUUGAAGGAAAAGAUUUCGGAGUCGAGUCAAAGUGAAGAUGGCACAAGGAGAAGAUCUUUCAACAUGAGAAUGAGUGGAUGCAGCUUGGACCAACCUUGUCAAUUUCUCCUCUAUGAUUAUGAUGAUGAUAAACCAAAGAAAUGGAUCAAAGCUACACAUUUUCAUCAAGUUUCGGUUGAUGAAUGUUGUGAUUGCCAACCCUUCAUGGAUGAUUUAGUUACCACUAACAUCACUCAGAGGCCGAGGCCGAAUCAAAAGAGUUAUAGUGGUGAAACUAAGCAUCAUUUUCUUGGAAGCAAUGAAAUAGAAACAGAGUACUCUGUUUUAAAGGGAAACUAUGCUUCUUCCAAAUGUUCCAAUGCAAGGAAUACUACUUGUUCCUUAACAAGAACAGAAACAGAAGCUAACUACUCGAGGGCCGUGUCGAUGCCUCAAGAUCGGCGGCGCAGUUGUGGCAAAGACAAGAUGGUUAGAACAUACUCAUGUCCAAAUCAUGUUCAUCCAAAGUUGCCGGAGUAUGAUGACAUAGCUGCAAAGUUUACUGCUCUAAAGAGAGAGCGCCAAGAAAGCAAAAGUCCAGCUACAAAAGUAGAUAAUAGAGACUUAGAGAGCAUUUGAAAAGUAUUAAUAGCAUGUUUAAAUUUUGAGUGAUCCAUUAAUUUAGGCUCCUACUCUGUGUGACUCUCUUUAGAUUUAAGACUAAAUAUCCUUUUUAGCUUUUAA